AUGACAUUAGGAAAAAUACAUCAAGUAAUUCCCAGUAUUUUUGGAUUAUUAUUAUUAUUUCCUCAAAGUUCAAAUUUUGAUGAUUUUCUACCAGGAUUAUUAAAUCCAAUGGUAAGAUAUACUAGUAUUCCUGGACUUGAUAAUUUACUAAAUUUCUUGGUGCCAUUUUAUCAAGAUUUUAUUAAAGAUUCAAGUUCAAUUUUAAUAAUUAAUACAUUUUUCCCAUUAGUUAUUACCGUAUUAUUUACUGUUGCAUUAGAAGCAUCAAUUCCUGGUGUUAGAGGUUUAGUAACAAAUUAUUUUAUAAUUGCAUUAUUAACACAAUUCUUGGGAAUUUCUAUGGCAAUUACAAUAAUAUGGGUUCCAGCUUGGAUAAUUUCUGAAAAACGAAAAGAAAUUCAAAUUAAUAAUGAUAGAGAAAGAAAAGUGACAAUUCAACAAUAUUAUGAUGGAAUGUUCCUAUUAAAUCCUGGUCGUGUUAAUGCUAUAUUUUAUUCAAUUUUUGGAUUUGCAAUGUUUUUUAUGACGGCAAUGGUUACUAUUAAAAAUGAGAAACUUCAAGCUUAUGUUACAAUAUUAUUUUUGUUUGCACCAUUAUUAGCACCAAUAUUUUGGAAUCAUAAAUCAAAAACUAUUGAUAAUAAUAAUAGUUCAACAAAAAGUGGAUAUAAGCUUGCAUCUUAUUAUUAUAAAAUAUUAUUUGGAGUUUCUAUAUAUCAAUGGAUAUUAUUCUUACUAUACGCCGUUGAUAAUAAAUUUCAACGUAUAUAUGAGCUAACAUUAUUAUGUAUUAGUGGCGGAAGUAGUCCAUCAAUCAAUUUUAUGAUCAUAAAUUCAUGGGUGACUAUUACUGGAAUGUCAUAUUGGGUGUUUGUAGCUGAAGGUGGUCAUAAAUUCACCAACAAUCUGAAAGGUUAUUUAUUGCAACUUUUUAUUUUCGGUCCAAGUGGUGCUUUAGCUUUAUAUUGUUCUAAAAGAUAUGAAAUUAAAAACAUCAACACUAUAAGAACAAAGUUAAGGUGA